AAAGACAAAAUUAAAGAAAGGGAAAAGAAGCAAAAAGAGAAGAAGAAGCACAAAAUAAUGAAUGAAAUCAAGAAAGAAAAUGGAGAGGUCAAAUUAUUGCAGAAAGGUGGGAAGGAGAAACCAAAAACCAAUGCAGAAGAGCUCCAGAUCAAAAAAGUUAAGAAGAAAAAGAAAAAGAAACAUAAAGAGAACGAGAAGAGGAAGCGUCCAAAAAUGUACAGCAAAUCCAUUCAGACCAUCUGCUCAGGAUUGGUUUCUGAUAUUGAGGAUCAGGAAGCCAAAGGCAUCAUAGAUGAUCAUCUUAAGGAUUUCAAUGGGAAAAAUAUGGAUCCCAAGAAGGACUGUGAGUCCAAGAUACCAGAGAACAGUGAGUUUCCAUUUGUCUCGUUAAAGGAGCCACGGGUUCAAAAUAAACUCAAAAGGUUGGACACAUUGGAGUUCAAACAGCUGAUUCAUAUUGAGCACCAGCCUAACGGAGGUGCAUCAGUUAUCCAUGCCUACAGUAAUGAACUCUCCCACUUAUCUCCUGUGGAGAUGGAGAGAUUUGCAGAAGAGUUUGUGGGUCUGGUUUUUAGUGAAAAUGAAAACUGUGCAGCUUACUAUGUAAUGGGUAUUGUUCAUGGGGCAGCUACUUAUUUACCUGACUUUUUAGACUACUUUUCGUUUAAUUUUCCCAAUUCACCAGUGAAAAUGGAGAUUUUGGGAAAGAAAGAUAUAGAGACAACGACUAUGUCAAAUUUUCAUGCUCAGGUAAAAAGAACAUACUCUCAUGGUACUUAUAGAGCUGGCCCAAUGAGACAGAUCAGCCUGGUUGGAGCAGUUGAUGAGGAAGUGGGGGAUUAUUUCCCUGAAUUCCUUGAUAUGUUGGAAGAAUCACCCUUCUUAAAAUGUACACUGCCAUGGGGAACACUUUCUAGUUUAAAAUUAGAGAGUCGUAAAGACAGUGAUGAUGGUCCCAUUAUGUGGGUACGUCCAGGAGAACAGAUGAUCCCUGUGGCUGACAUGCCAAAGUCACCUUUCAAAAGGAAGAGAACUACCAAUGAAAUAAAAAACUUGCAGUACCUACCUCGAACCAGUGAACCCCGUGAAAUGCUAUUUGAAGACCGGACACGAGCCCAUGCAGAUCACAUAGGACAAGGUUUUGAACGACAGACUACAGCUGCUGUGGGAGUAUUGAAGGCUGUGCACUGUGGAGAGUGGUCUGAGCAGCCUCGUAUAACCAAAGAUGUAAUUUGUUUUCAUGCGGAAGACUUCUUAGAGGUGGUUCAGCGAAUGCAGUUAGAUUUGCAUGAGCCUCCACUCUCACAGUGUGUCCAGUGGGUUGAUGAUGCAAAACUUAAUCAGCUGCGAAGGGAAGGCAUUCGAUAUGCCAGAAUUCAGUUAUUUGAUAAUGACAUUUAUUUUAUCCCAAGGAAUGUUGUGCACCAGUUCAAAACAGUUUCAGCUGUGUGCAGUUUGGCUUGGCACAUCCGGCUCAAGCUAUAUCAUUCAGAGGAAGAACUCUCUCAAAAUACAAGUACUGUUGAAGCAGGGACCUCUGCAGACCCCAAGUCUUCGGUUAUUGGACUUCAGACUGACAGCAGAAUUUGUACGAUGAGCAAAAAUACCUCCGAAGACACCAAAUUUUCAGAUGCUCUGCAGACAAAGUAUCUGCAGCAGAUAAAACACGAACCUAUUGCAUCUCACCGAAUGAAAGAAGAACCCAUGAAUGUUGAUCUUGCUGAAAAGACAGUGGCACCUAAUGACGUUGGGGGCCCGAAUGUUCAGACUAGAUUGGAUCGCAUUGAAUUGACGGCGUUUAAGUUGGAAAUGGAUUCUAAAUUUGAACCUGGCAACAAGGACUUACAAGGCAAGUUAUGCCCUGGAGGUCACGUACAUCCCGAUGAUACAAGACAACAUAGUUCAUCAUAUCCAAAACUGCAUGGACAAAGAGAGGAUGAUUUUUUGUGCUGAAUUUGUAUAUAUGGUUUUAAAUUCCUUUUUAAACUUAAUGAUGUAAUAAUGUAAAGAUUCAUAAAUUCUGUGAGGCAAGUUUGUGACUUGCCUUCGCAUCUGUUACAGAAAAUAGUUAUGUAGCUUUGUAACAUUCCUCAGUGCCUGUCCAUAACUGUGAAGUAUCAAAGCACUUAGGGCCAGAUGCACUGUAAACACUGCAGGUUUAACAUAAAGAAGUCUUUAAAUAAUUUUGAGUUAUAGGUUUUAGAGUAGAGCUGACAUUUAACAUAUAUAUUUUUUGUAAGAUGAGCCAGAAUUCUUUUUGACAAUUCCAGGCUUUUCCAUAGAGCUUAUUUAUACCAAUUUUUUCAUUUUAAAUGUGUCAGCACUGUAGUGUAAAUAUCUUUUUUAAAAAUCUUUUUAGUGUGAUUUAUACUGAAAUGUGAGCCGCUUAAUAAAGGUUCAUAAUAACAGAUUGGUUUUAUUUUUGGGUCUGCAAAAAAUCAUUCAGUUAAACUGCCUCUCUAAAUGGUUAUGUUUCUACCUGCACUAACGCAUAGGAUGCCCU